GUCCUACCCCCCAAACAGAUCGUCUACUGCGGAGUCUGCAGUCUUCCUCCAGAAUACUGCGAAUUCGGCGGCACAACAAAGAAGUGUGAAGAAUGGCUUGAGUCCAAGCACCCCGAGCUACACAACAAGCUCUACUCUGAAGACGCCGUAGCAGCAAACCUCUCCACCCUGUCAGUAGACGCCCAAAAACGCGCCGAAAAAGACGCAAAGAAGAAAGAAGCAAAAGCCUCCGCCCUCGAAGCCCGUCGCGCCGAAGAACUCGCCACCUCCAAAGUAAUCAUAAAGCGCGUAGAACGUAACAAACGCAAACACGUCACCGAAGUCUCGGGUCUCGAGGCAUUCGGCCUGGACAUCAAGAAGGUCGCAAAAGAGCUGGGCAAGAAGUUUGCUACUGGGUCUUCGGCGACGAAAAUGCCAGGAGGAGUGGGUGAGGUUAUUACGAUCCAAGGAGAUUUGAGUGAGGAUAUUCUGGAGUGGCUUUGUGAGAAGUAUGAACAGAUUCCGGAGGAUAAUGUCGAGUUGGUCGAGGAUAAGAAGAAGAAG